AUGCGAUCAGCCCCGCCCACUUUCUCACCUUCAUUCCCUCACAGCAGCAUGAUGCAUACUGACAUAGAAACACACUCACACUCUCUCUCUCCUCCACCUGUGGCUAAUAGGACUCAGAGUCCCCCUGGAUUGCUGACUGAGGAUAAUGGGAGUCAGAGUCCCCCUGGAUUGCUGACUGAGGCUAAUAGGACUCAGAGUCCCCCUGGAUUGCUGACUGAGGAUAAUAGGAGUCAGAGUCCCCCUGGAUUGCUGACUGAGGAUAAUAGGAGUCAGAGUCCCCCUGGCUUGCUGACUGAGGCUAAUAGGACUCAGAGUCCCCCUGUAUUGCUGACUGAGGCUAAUUGGACUCAGUCACCCUGGAUUGCUGACCCAGGCUCAUAG